AUGCUGGUUAUUGUCAUUGUUGGUUACACCUGCGCUGGUAUUCAGGUGGCUGCGCUCCCCGCUAUUGCGAGCACCUACGCGGUUGACAGCUACAAGCCCGCUCUCGGCUCUAUUUUUGUCGCAAUCACAGUCAACAAGAACCUCUGGGGCUAUGGUUUUAGCGAGUUUAUCACUCCCUGGACUGAGUCAGCAGGGUAUCUCCCUGCAAUCAUGACCAACAUGUGUCUUACGGUCCUGUGGUGUUCCUUCGGCUUCCUGUUCUACUUCGCCGGAAAGAAUUAUUUCAGAAAGUGGACCGCCAACUCGAGCAUCUGGACGCUGGAUUCCCAGUAA